AUGGCAACCCUCACAGGCCCAACAAAUGCCACGCGCGCAACCCCAAAUAUCCCCGUUGAGAAAGCAAUCCUUCACAUCGGCAGCUCAACCUUCAUCAGCGCUCCCUCCCAAGACGUCUGGGCUGCCUUAACAAACACCUCAACCUGGCCGAGCUGGAAUAACUUCGUGCCACGUGUAACCAUCCGCUCCCAGCCAACGCCAGACCCAUCUCCAUCCACCUCCGCACCCGACCCAACACCAGCAGCAUCAACAUCCACACCUACACCUCAAUCAACAGACACAACCCUAUCUCCAGUUCUCCAAAAAGGAACAAAAUUCACUCUACAUGUCCGCAUGGACCCAACCUCCACCAAGCCACAGCCCUCAACAGACGUACAUGCCCUCAUCAGCGAAUACAGUGCACCAGACGCGGAGACUGGCCAGGGCGGCCGCAUCGUGUGGGUCGCUGACACCGAAGCGCCGGGUGCGUUUUCGCCAUCGCUUUUGCAGCCGGAGCGGGUGCAUGAGUUUACGGCUGUGGAGGGUGGGACGGUGGUGCGGAAUUGGGAGGCGCAAAAUGGGUGGUUGGCUUAUGUGGUGCGGUGGAUGUAUCAAACUAAGCUGCAGGGGUGUUUCGAGGUGUGGGUUGCUGAUUUGAAGAAGUUUGUUGAGGGCAGUAAUACUGCUUCUGCCUGA